AUGUCUAAGGGACUUACAGUUGGCAUUGAUCUUGGCAUCACCUACUCCUGUGUGGGUGUCUUUCAGCAUGGAAAGGUGGAAAUAAUUGCCAGUGACCAGGGUAACUGCACCACACAGAGUUAUGUUGCUUUCACUGACACAGAACAAUUAAUUGGGGAUGUGGCCAAGAAUCAGGUUUCAAUGAACCCCACCAACACAGUUUUUGAUGCCAAAUGUCUGAUUGGACAUAGGUUUGAUGAUGCUGUUGUUAGGUCUGAUAUGAAGCAUUGGCCCUUCAUGGUGGUAAAUGAUGCAAACAGGCUCAAGGUCCAAGUGGAAUACAAAGGGGAGACAAAAAAUUUCUACCCAGAGGAAGUGUCCUCAAUGGUUCUGACAAAGAUUAAGGGAAUUGCAGAAGCAUACCCCGGAAAGACUGUUACCAAUGCCACGGUCACAGGGCCAGCUUACCUCAAUGACUCUCAGCAGCAGGCAACAAAAUAUGCUGGAACUAUUGCUGGCCUCAAUGUACUUCGAAUUAUCAAUGAACCAACUACUGCUGCUAUUGCUUACGGCAUAGAUAAGUGA